UUGUAACUAUAUCUUGACCAAAAACCUUUACUCAUUCUCAUACCAAUACCUUCCGUUCGUGCCCAUCCAGACCUACUACGUACCUACCUUAGCUACGCCGCGACAACCAACCGACCACAGAGAAUGCAAGCCGUUUCUCGUGGCAUCGACACCUCCAUCACCCACUCUCCCAUGCCAGGCUCCGACAUGAUGCGAGGUCGCACCCGCGACCGUAGCCACCCCAGGGCAGCUCUUGCUGGCGAACGGUUGGACAAGGUGGAAUCUAGCACAUUCAGAGGUCGUUCCCGCCAACGAGCAUCGUCUCCCCCAGGCCCUGCCUCCCGCAACCCAUCGCGCUCCAUGCUCUCCCCCACACGCCAGAUACUCCUCCACAACCGGCUGCGCGACGCCCGUCGCGAACACUGUCCCUCGCGCCCGGCCAGAGACUCGUCGCCCUCUCAGACAGCGGCGCUCCAGCAACGACGCCGCCGCACCAGAAGCCGCAGCCGGGGCCCUCGACGACUGGAGGCCGACAUGCAACAAAAGACUGUCGAAACGCAUUCCUCUCUGCGGCACCAAGUCCGUGUGGAUAGCGAGCCUACCAAUUCCACUACCUCGUCCCCCAACAUGCGAGGCUGAUUGUGUCUACAAGCUGCAUCUCGGCUAAGGUCGACGUCUGAGCGUCAUCCAACGAUGAUGCUCUCCCUCCACAGAGGAGUAUAAUGUUUCCUUGCUAGAAGCUCAGAGAGUCUUCAUGUAUCACUACAAAUUGGGCGCACGUGCGAGAGAGAGAAAGAAAAAAGAUUGAGUCUAGCAAGACGACAUUCGAGAUCAAUUGCGGGAGACGGGGAUACCUCAUUUGUCUUUGGGAGCGGAAAGGGGAUUGGUAACAGGGUUCGGCGUUUGUUUUUCAAUUCAUUGCUGUACGAGAUAAUGAUGCAGAUUCGUAUUAAUGAUCAAUGAGACCAAGUUUA